AUGGCAGCAUCCCUGAGGACAGCAGCCGCAGCAGCGGGCCUGCUCCUCGCCAAGACUGUCACCGCACAGUCAACAACGCCCACGGCCGGGGACCUAUCCGUCCUGACUAUGAAUGUCGCAGGCCUGCCGCAGUUUCUGCAAAACAACGAGGUGCCAGGGGACAAGACGACAAACUCCAAGCUGAUCGGCAGCUACUUUUCCCAGAAUGGUUUCGAUGUCAUCCACGUGCAGGAGGACUUCAAUUACCACGCGGCCGUCUACGAGACGGACAACCACCCGUACCGGACCGCGACCUCGGGCGGUGUCCCGUUUGGCUCCGGGCUUAACACCCUGGCCAACUACCCUUGGGUAGACUUCACGCGCACCAAGUGGGACACGUGCAGCAACACCGACAGCGAUGACUGCCUGACGCCCAAGGGCUUCACCUUCAUGCGCGUGCAGAUCGCCGCGGCAACAGACAACUCCACUGCCGUCUACGCUGACUUCUACAACCUGCACGCCGACGCCGGCACUACCGACGCCGACGAGAAGGCCCGCAACUCCAACAUCAACCAGGUGCUGAGCUUCGCCGAGGCAAACUCGGCCGGCAACGCCGUCGUCAUCUUUGGCGACACCAACUCACGCUACAGCCGCGUCCUGGACACGGCGGUGCGCACGUUGCUCGACUCCAACUUCACCGACGCCUGGGUGCAGCACGAGCGCGAUGGCGUUGCGCCAACCCAGGAGACACUGUGCGUGAACCCACAGCCCUCCAACAACAACACCUGCGAGACGGUCGACAAGAUCUUUUACCGAUCCUCGCCCCUCGUCACCCUGGACGCCACCAGCUUCAUGUACGUCGGCGAGUGGUUCCUGCAGCCCAACGGGAGCAUCCUGUCGGACCACAACCCCGUCAAUGUCAACUUCACCUGGACCGCGGGCACUAGCCUGCGGCAGUCCGCCUACUGGGGAGGGCCGCACGGCACUUGGUUCAGCGACGUCGGCGCGCUGGCCUCCAUCUCCAAGCCCGUCGUGUCAAAGCUCACCUUCCGCGGUGCCAACAGGCUCGAUAGCGUCGGCGUGACGCUAAGCAGCGGCGCCAACCUGACCCAUGGCGGGACAGGCGGCACUGAGGCGUCCCUUGCGCUGGGAUCAGGAGAGUCCUGGACCAAGGCGACCCUGUGCCAAGGCCUGUACAACAACCAGACGCGCAACUUCUAUAUCGAGGCGACGACCAGCACGGGGAAGACGGUCAGCGCCGGCAAGAAGACAAGUGACUGCGCCGAAUUCACAGCACCAGACGGCUGGAGCAUCGUGGGUUUCCUGGGCCAGUCCGGGGACGAGUUGGACCAAUUGGCCUUUGUGUACGCGCCACACUCUUAG